AUGGGAGCUACAGAUGGAGAGGGUCUGUGGGCGCUGCAAUCGGGACGGUCCAGCGGUGUCGCUGCAGUGGGCGCUGUAGAUGGAGAAUGGUCCGGCGGUGCCGCUGCCGUGGGCGCUGAAGAUGGAGUCGUUGCCAUUGGAGAAACCACUGCGGUAGAGUGUGUCAGCAAGUUUUGUGAAGGUAUUGUAGCCAUAUUUGAGAAUGACUAUUUGAGAAGGCCAAAUGAGGCAGACCUCCAACGACUACUAAAAGUAGGCGAAGAACACGACUUCCCUGGAAUGAUUGGAAGUAUUGAUUGCAUGCAUUGGCAAUGGAAAAAUUGUCCUAAGGCUUGGCAAUGUCAAUUUACCAGUGGACAUAAAGGCACAACAACAAUAAUACUCGAAGCGGUUGCUUCUUAUGACUUGUGGAUAUGGCAUGCUUUUUUUAGAUUGCCAGGUACAUUGAAUGAUAUAAAUGUGCUUGAAAGGUCACCUGUCUUUGAUGACAUUGAGGCAGGUGAAGCUCCGCAUGUGAACUUCACUGUGAAUGGUCAUCAAUACAAUUUGGCGUACUAUCUUGCUGACGGAAUCUAUCCGAAAUGGCCUGUCUUUGUCCAAUCACUUCAAUAUCCUCAAGGCGAAAAGGCAAAAUUGUUUGUAAAACAACAAGAAUCUUGCAGGAAGGAUGUGGAACGUGCAUUUGGGGUUCUCCAAGCAUGUUUUGCUAUAAUUCGUCAACCAGCUAGAAUGUGGGAUUUGAAUAUCUUGUCAAAAAUUAUGAGAGCGUGCAUUAUUUUACACAAUAUGAUAGUGGAGGAUGAACGAGAUACGUAUAGUCGAAACUGGGGAAACGUUGAGUUUGAACCAUCAAGCAUUGCUAGCUCGAGCUCAUCAUCUGAUUACCAAACACAAGUGUUGCCUCAAUUUGAAGUUCAUGUUCAAGGUAGGUCUGAAUCAGAUAUUCAUACUAGAUUUGAACUCCGAGAUCGAGCCAAACAUCUUCAAUUGAAGGAGGAUCUUGUUGAGCACAUUUGGCAAAAGUUUGGAGCAACCACAACUUAA